UGAACAAAGAGAGCCUCAACUUCUCGGCACGUCCGCACGGAAAGGAAUGUUGCUACCCUCCCCGAUCUGACAUCGCCGCCUGAAGAACUCCUCGCGGUGAACAUCGCAUCAGCUCCAUCCUCCCGCUCCCCAUGAUCACGGGCUCCUCCCUCGUCGCCACCUUCAGCCUCCUCCUGCUGCUCGGGUAAACAUCCGACAUUGGACCAUGGCCUGAAAGGUGAUGUUCUGCACUCUGAAGAUGAUGGCUGCAGUCUGCUUGCUGCUGCAACUGCCACUGAAGUUCCUCAAUGUUGGUGAGCUGGGCUCGGUAUGAACAUCCCACAAGCAAUCCCAUCCGUCCUGCUCCUGCUACUUCACUCUGCAUUUUGUUCGUCAAGAGUUUUGCAGUGGAACGUGUCAAACACAUCGUCAGCAGGACACAUGGAUGUGGAAGCGGUGACGACACCUCAAAUGCACUCCGACUUGUGGAUAUCUCCAAGAGUCAUGCUUGAUGAGGUUCAGAUGCUGGAUUGGACAGCAACUCCGAAGGAGCUGCUUCCUGUAUCCGCAAACCUCGAGGUUGUCAUCAGCAAGUGUGGGAGGGUGGUGGAACAGAAAACCGACGUGGAUAUCCUGGAGAUUGUUAUCACCGUCAUGUAUGUCGGUGGAAGUGAUCUCUUUCCUGAUAAAGGAAGAAUACUGCAGGUUCGAGACAACAUUCGAGGACUCAGGCUGCUGCAGCCAAAGCAACAUGCAUCAGCCAGCCAGGACUAUCAGGAAUUCGAUAUUGACCUCUCCAACAGAAAUGUGACGGAGGUGUCUUAUAUCGCUACUCUGGAUCCUGCCUUGGCUCUGGAUGGAGUGAACAUUUCACUGGCAGCUUCUGUGAUAAGAACACAGUUUGGUACUGAAGCUGAGAUUGCAACAUCAACACUAUUCAUCAUGCAAGUAGCCAAAUUUAAGAUCACCCCACACCAUGGUCUGCAUUUUGUAGGAUUUGUGGUGGCAUUUGUGAUGGUGGGACUGGCGGUCGUAUGCAUAUCCCUUCUAAGACAGAAUAAAUGUUGGGGUGCAUGCUCCAAAUCCACACAGAAUACACAGGUGCAGCAGGGUGUGCAGAGUGCGUGUAGUGGCUCUGUGUGUGCAGGGGAAGGGCAGACGACCAGUGCCAUGGGCUCUCUCCCUGUGGAGCGGCUGGAGAGCGAGGAGCUGUGCAGGGAAAGGAAGGAGGCCGUGGACAUGCUUACUCAUGCCAUACUGGAGACAUAUGGCAACACUGCCCAGCCUGUACGGUGUUUGGACCUUCAAAAUAUUGAGAGCCCUAUACAGGCAUAUGGAUUUUUGAGCCAGCUCAUAGAGAAGUUUGACAUUCCAAGGGAUGCCGUGCAGCAUGCUCUUCGCUUGCUUUUGCCUCUUCAUAGCAUGAAGCAGCUUCAGGAAUUACUUCGGCUUGUUCACCCAAACACGUGUUCUGUGCCUAACAGGAUCUCUGCAGUUGGUGUUCAUGAAGAAGGUGUGGAUGUAGCUGCGUACCCCGUGGCAGCAGGGCUGGUGGAACAUGUCCGAGCUUCUCUCCUUGCCUCAUGUAGGCAGAAUGCCAAAGUGAACUCUCCACGAAUGAAGCAAAGAACGUUAAAAGAGGCACAACUGCAGCCAGCCAACUUAGUUUCUCCUCGUCAUUCGCACAACUCGGAUAUGUCACUGCAGCCAUCGCAGUUGAAGCCAUCGGAGCCCAGUCUGGAGGGUGAAACGUUGAUGCUGGAUUCCUCCGGAACUCAGGAGCGGAUUUUUGUCUUCCGCUCACAACCCGAAGAAGAGAGCAAUGCUGUAAUUUUUCAUAAGAAGAAAAAGAGGAAUUUUUUGAAUUAUAAAUCAUCAAAGAUUAUGGAUGUCGCAAUGUAAACAACCUAUUUAAUGACCAUUAAAUAUCGAUAAAAAAAACUUUUAAUGUAGAAAUGAAAGGACUGAUUAUUUUAAUGUACUGUAGAUCCCAUUCAAGCCACUAUUGUUUUAAUCCGUCUCAUCUUUUAUUUUACUUUUAUUUAAUAUGUGUCAUUUUACAGCAUUAUAUAAUUACACCUUUUAACAAGUUCAACAUAUACCUUAAUAGGUCCUUGCUAAAUGUGCAGAUUCACAUAAUGUGUAUCUCUGAUAAAUUGUAUCAAAUGUGUAUUGUCUUGGAAAAUCACUCAGACUGACACGUAACAGGUCACCUGCUUACAUACUCUUAUUUCUUUCAGUAAAGUAACGUAGGUAAAAAAUGAAAUUAAAAUUAAUAAAAAUAAAACAAUAAAAUCACGACGUUUCGGAGGCAACACAAGUCUCCGUCAUCAGGUGGGACCGUCACAGCCAGAUUAGCUGCAUCAAGUGAGGCAAGGAUUCAAGAUGCA